GGAGUGGAAGAGCGCGUGAACUCAGUGAAGCUGUCGCCAGGACAACAACACACAGUACAGACACACAAAAGAAGAGGUGCAAACAAACAGAUGCCAACACAACGCAAAGACAAUCCAAAACCCCAUUUAGUGACUGAAAUAUAAGGAGUCUUGUGUUAUAGGCUACUAAGAUCUGAUGAAGUAGUUUGUGGUGUUCUUUACAUUAAGAAAGAAAGACAAGUGCUUUCACUGCAGCGCUGACUCGCUGGCAUAGAGGAAGUGCAAACCUUCACAUCAAUCCAGAGUGACUCAGGCUAGUGCCUGCCAUGGAUUCGGAAGACGAACCCUUGUUGCUCCAAGGUACCUGGAACCUAAGCGAGUUUGAAGAGCAAGAGGAAGAUGAUGAGGAGGAGGAGGGAGAAGAAGGAACAGAACGGGAAAAUGGAGACAAGCAGGUCUGUAAGGGGUUGUGGUGGGCUUUGGGCUGGGUGUACACGCAGCCCUGGGCCAGCGGGAUGGUUCUGGCUGUGGGAUUUCUGGUACCCUUCACCCUCUCAGCAUAUAUGUUCCUUCACUGUGAACCAUUAGACAUUGACCUUUCCUACAGCGCAUUCGAGGUCAGGAGUCAUGCCUCUGCAGAACGUUUUGACGCUCUCGCCAUCGCCCUGAAAAGUCAGUUGGGGUCUUGGGACAGGCACAGGCGUGACGCCGAGGGAUUUGACUUUGAAGCCAAUGCUCUGAGGGACCUUUUGUUGCUCAUGGUAAACAGAAAAGGGAAGGACGUCUCCGCGAUGACGAAUGUCACAGAACCUGCUGAGACUGAGACAGGGCUACACAAUGACACCAGACAGUUUGGAAAUGAGAAAAACAACAAGAUGAAAGAGGAAAAGACAGACUCGGCAAACCCCAAGAUGGCGGCACUCAAUUCCAGUGAUGCUGAAGAUCACAGGAGACCAGACUCACCCUUAAUCAGGAAGAGAAGAUUUUCAGGCUACUCCUACAUACAGACCCAGGCCCUCUGGAGGAUAGAGCUAGUUUUUGUGGCCCAGGGUGACAAGGAUAACAACAUUUUCACCCCCGAACGCCUUCACACCAUACACCGCGUGGAGAGACUUCUAAUGCAGCACCCUCAGUUUCAACAGUUCUGCUGGAAGCCACUGGAGGCGUUGCGAGACUUGCCCCUGGGACCUUCCUUCUGCUCGCCUCCAAGCUCGCUCCUGUCCUACCUCUUUCCCAGUGAGCGUGCCGGGAAGAUCUACUAUGAUGGAAUGGGACCUGAUCUAGCUGACAUACAUGGUUCCCUGAGCUUGGCGAUUACCCAUCCACAGUUUUACUGGUAUGUGGAUGAGACUCUCUCACCAGACAAUCUUCAGUCCUCUCUUCUUCGCAGUGAGAUCCAUUUUGGAGCUCCCCUUCAGUCUUUCUACUCUCUUCAAGACAGACCUUUAGAACAGAGACGUCUCUUCAGAGAAUUUGUGGUGCAGUAUGCGAACAUCCUUUCACAACAAUCCACCAGUAAAGUGAAGGUGUUGUACGGGGGUACAGAGUUAUUUGACGAUGAGGUGCGGAAGACCUUCCACAGUGACAUGUUGCUGGCUUUGUUCAGUGGAGGAUGCAUUACUGUCCUUGUGUAUGUUCUAACCUCAUUUUCUGUGUUUCUGACGUUCUUUGGCUUGGCCAGUAUUGGUCUGAGCUGUCUCGUGGCGCUCUUCUUGUAUCAUGUGGCGUUUGGAGUGAAAUACCUCGGCAUUCUCAACGGAGUGGCAGCCUUCGUCAUCAUCGGCAUCGGUGUGGAUGAUGUGUUUGUGUUCAUAAGUACCUUCAGACAGUCAGCCCACCUGACUUGUUCAAUGCAGCGUAUGAUUUACACAGUAAAGACAGCCGGCAGAGCCACGUUCCUCACGUCCUUCACGACGGCGGCAGCAUAUGCCGCAAACACCUUCUCACAGAUCCCGGCAGUUCAUGACUUCGGUCUGUUCAUGUCUCUCAUUGUGAGCUGCUGCUGGCUUUGGGUGUCCAUUCUCAUGCCUGCUGCCCUUUGCAUCUGGACCCAGUGUGGAGCUGCCCAUGGAAACCCCUGUCCCAAAUGGUGGACCAAACUAACUAAACUGUCCACCAGCCCUAGUCCCCUCUCAGAUGAUGAUGAUGUUGCUCUAAUAACUGUUGAACUGGAACCAGGUGUGUAUGAGUCUGAAUCGGAUGCUGCCCUGCUGUCGCUCUCUGUAGAAGCUCCUUUGUCCGUGUCCUCUGAGGGCAGCGUGGGAGUUGUCAGCGCACACCUUCAGAGGCUCCUGAGACACUGGGUGGCAGAGCCUGUCGUCAACAAACGGAAAACUAUCAUAGGUGUGUAUGUUCUGGUUCUGCUGGGCUCGGUGUGUUGCUGUUGUCUCCUGCGGCCGGCCAGUCACGCGCCUGUGCUGUUCCACAGAGACACCAACCUGCAGAGACUGCUGGACCUGCGCAGUAACCUGAGCGCUCAGGGGAUCGCCUGCCAUAUGUGCUCGGGUGUUUUUAUGGAGCGACCUCAUAAUCUUCACAGUGCUGCUGAUUUCACAAGCUCUACCUCAGGGAACCAUCCCACAAUUCCCUCAAACCGGUCCAAACCGGCAUCCAACAGCACCGCACAGACGCUCGCAGGUGGUCUCCUUACUGUCUAUGUGUUUAUACUGGAGGUGGGCUCUGCUGUUCCUCUAUAUCGCUAUUCUCUCAGUGCCAGUGGACCUGCACCUUGGCAAGCAUCAUCGGCCGGGCACGGGGAUGUGCCAUUCUUUCAGGCCUACAGCAGUCCCCAUAGCAACUUCAGCACGCGGAUGACCGUGUGUGUGUCUCACGCCUAUCACCCCCGCCCUCGCUGGAUGCUCACACUGCGGUCAUGUGACGGCAGCCGUCGCUGGAGAUCAGAGUUUGAGUUCUACGUGGCUUCGGUUGAGCAGCAACACAGCAGGAAGCUGUAUUUUGCCCAACACACCAACAGCCCGUACCCCAGUCGUGUGUGUGAGGGGCCUCCGGGGUGUGUGUUCAGCUCUGGGCCCGACGGACCCACUCAGGGCAGCUUUUACGCCCCACUUCCUGCUGCUCCCACCCAGAUGAAGAUCUCCAGGACUUCAGGCUUUAACCCCUGCAGUGGAGGAGAGUGUGGGAAACCAGCAGUGCGCCCUCUAGUGGACACCGGGGCCAUGGUGUUUGUGGUGUUCGGCAUACUGGGGGUCAACCGCACUCAGCGCUCAGACAACCAUGUUAUUGGAGACUUGGUAAGACAGAAUAAAACUACUUGCACCAUUUACAGUGCAGACAUAAAAAAAAACACCAUAUUGUAAACUCCAUUUAUGAAAAUGCUUGAGAAUAAUCAUAAUCAACAUUAAAAAUUGUUUGUUACAUUAAGGGAGAAUCAUAGUAGCUGCAUACCAAUUUACAUACACUUGUUAAAUAGUUAUCAGGAUUAGUUUGUCCCAAAUCAUGUAAUCUGUGAAUGCUUUCAAACAUUUCCAUUAACUCCCAUUACUUUGAAUACCAAUAACGGAAAGUAGUCUCUAUUCUGUUAUUAUUGAUUUACAUUACAAGCUAUCAGAAUUUCAUCUUCAUUUGGCCAUAAAUAUCAGCAACUGCACCACACUGAAUAUUUGACUUAGUUUGCUUGUUUCUUUGUUUUUUCUCAAAUCUGAACUUCAUAUUC